AUGGUAUAUACAAGGGUUGGUGUUUGGAUACCUCAGUGCCCCCAAAGAACUGGGAGGCUAGGUCGUGGUCUGGAGAUGGGAGACGGCCAUCAGGAGCACUCCAUGCAACUGGGUUGCUCUUGGCUCACUCGAUCGAGCUUGCGGCUCCUCUUCCUCCUCUUCUUCAUCUUCAAAGUGGGUGUGGCUUCCUUGGCCUUGGUGGAGCUUGGCUCGCUCGAAGCUGUCAACUCGACCCUCAGCUCGAUCGAGUUGAGUUUCCUCUGUUUGGACUCGAUCGAGUCCGGUGGUCGAGCUGGAGCGUCUGGCCUUGGAAGUCUUCCUCCUUCUCUGCGUGUUGUCUUCUCCUUCCCUUGGCUCGAAAGAAGAGGCUCUGUGAGGCUCUUGGGCAGGGAGCCUCCUUGGGUGGUGAGGAGUGAUCUACUCCUAGGGAAAGUGGGGGCCUUGGACUUCUUCUUCUUGCUUGAAGAACCAGAAACCUUCUUCUCCAAACUUUUGAUCUUGCUCACCAUCUUGUCCAUGGACUUUUGCAUCUUCUCAAUGGCUUUCCCUUGCCAUUUGUUGAACUUUUGGAGAAGUCCAAUCCUCUUGUGGCAGCCACAACAGAGGGGUUCAUCCUUGGAGCCUCAUACUCCUCAAAGUAAUAGCACUCAGGCUCACCCAAAUCCGCACUCUCCUGGCGUUGUCUUCAGCUCGAUCCUCAGCUCGAUCCUCAGCUCGAGGCUCAGCUCGAUUCUCGCAUCAUCCUCAUGCCCAACUAAUGUGUACACAGGGGGUCUGAAGUCAAUGUUCUCACCCCUUAGACUGUGGUUGGUCUUGCAAAACUUGAUGUCCAUCCAACCUGGUUCAGUAGCUCUCUUGUCAGUUGGGUUUACUCCAGCAGCACACAAGAUAGGAGCUGGUCAAGGAAGGCAUGAAGUUCCCUGCAGAUCUAUCUCCCCUGAUCCUCUUGCCAUCGCUUGUGCGUGA